ACUGCAUCUCUCCCUCUCUCCCCUUUUAUUCUUCGCUGUUUCAAGCGCUCAGACUUUAGAUCACUCGCUGUCACUCUCCCUAUUCCUCUCUCUGGUUUUCUUUUCUUUGAACAGUCAUGGCUAGAGGGUUUCACUUUCUCCUUACAUUCCUCUUCUCUCCUGCAACAACACAAAAACCUCUUUGUAAUGUCUAAAUUACUGGCUCUCUUGGCGCACAGAGAGCCCGAUGUUGUUCUUGUUCCCUCGAGAUUACUAUUUCUCUGGAGCUUAAGUUGAUUUGACCAUGUUUUCACUGUGAUUCGGCUUGAAAUUCGUCGUAAACACUUUGGAUUCAAGAUCUUAGGGGAGCAAAGUCACUACUUGGAUUGUUUGAUUUUAUUUUUUUAAAUCUUUUUGGUGGUUUUCCAAAGCUGGGUUGUUUCGCAGAUUGAUUGGUAACCAAUAAGGGAGUUUUCAGAGAAGUAGAGCUUCUCUGUCUGUAUAUUGAGUCUUAUAUCCCUUCAAAGCCAAACAUUUGGCUUUUACUACCUUCACUUCUCUCCUAGCCUCUUCGCCUUUUCUUUUUCUCUAAUAAGUUUCAAGAAUUUUGUUUUCGCGGACGGACUUUACUAAGACUAAAGACACCUUGCUUCUGAAGCCGUAAGUAAGCGACCUCAAAUCAACCAGCAAAGCUUUUGUCUCUGCGUCCCUUUUUAAAAGCGGAUUUGGGGAGUUUGUCGAGAUGGCUAUGGCGGUGGCGCACCACAGAGAGAGCAGCAGCGGGAGUAUCAACAAGCACCUUUGCGCUGAUACCGGCAAAUAUGUGCGGUAUACGGCCGAGCAGGUGGAGGCACUUGAACGGGUUUAUGCUGAGUGUCCCAAGCCAAGUUCUCUGCGAAGGCAGCAGUUGAUCCGGGAAUGUCCCAUUCUUUCCAACAUCGAGCCCAAGCAGAUCAAAGUCUGGUUUCAAAACCGCAGGUGUCGAGAGAAGCAGCGAAAGGAGUCUUCAAGGCUGCAGACUGUGAAUCGAAAAUUGUCAGCAAUGAACAAAUUGUUAAUGGAGGAGAAUGAUCGACUGCAGAAGCAAGUGUCUCAAUUGGUGUGCGAGAAUGGCUAUAUGCGGCAACAGUUGCACACAGUAAGCGCAUCUGGGGCAACUGAUGCAAGUUGUGAUUCAGCAGUUACCACUCCGCAGCAGCAUUCGAUGAGAGACUCAAAUAACCCUGCUGGACUUCUCUCCAUAGCGGAGGAGACCUUGGCAGAGUUCCUUUCAAAGGCUACAGGAACUGCUGUCGAUUGGGUCCAGAUGCCUGGGAUGAAGCCUGGUCCGGAUUCAGUUGGGAUCUUUGCCAUUUCACAGCGUUGUAGUGGAGUGGCAGCACGAGCCUGCGGUCUUGUAAGUUUAGAGCCUACAAAGAUUGCGGAGAUCCUGAAAGAUCGCCCAUCUUGGUUCCGGGACUGUCGGAGCCUUGAGGUUUUCACCAUGUUUCCAGCAGGAAAUGGUGGAACAAUUGAACUUUUGUACACUCAGACAUACGCUCCAACAACUCUGGCUCCUGCAAGGGAUUUCUGGACUCUAAGAUACACUACAAGUUUAGACAAUGGCGGUCUUGUGGUUUGUGAAAGAUCUCUUUCCGGUUCCGGCGCUGGCCCCAAUGCAGCUGCUGCUGCUCAGUUUGUGAGAGCUGAAGUGCUUCCUAGUGGUUAUUUAAUUCGACCAUGUGAUGGUGGAGGCUCAAUCAUCCAUAUUGUUGACCAUUUAAAUCUGCAGGCUUGGAGUGUGCCUGAGGUAUUGCGACCUCUUUACGAAUCAUCGAAAGUAGUAGCCCAGAAGAUGACAAUUGCUGCACUGCGUUACGUCAGGCAAAUAGCUCAGGAGACAAGUGGCGAGAUUGCGUAUGGUUUGGGCAGGCAGCCUGCCGUUCUGAGAACUUUUAGCCAAAGAUUAAGCAGAGGCUUCAAUGAUGCUGUUAAUGGAUUCAAUGAUGAUGGCUGGUCAUUGAUGAGUUGUGAUGGUGUUGAAGAUGUAAUAGUUGCUGUUAAUACAACCAAGAAUUUGGCCACUUCUAACCCUAUCAAUUCUCUUUCAUUCCUUGGAGGGAUUCUUUGCGCAAGGGCUUCCAUGCUGCUUCAGAAUGUUCCUCCUGCAGUGCUGGUUCGCUUUUUGAGGGAGCACCGGUCAGAAUGGGCUGAUUUUAAUGUUGAUGCUUAUUCUGCUACAUCGUUGAAGGCAUGUUCGUCUGCCUAUCCUGGUAUGAGGCCCACAAGGUUUACUGGGAGCCAAGUUAUAAUGCCACUUGGCCACACAAUUGAACAUGAAGAGAUGCUUGAAGUUAUUCGACUUGAAGGCCAUUCCCUGGCACAAGAAGAUGCUUUUAUAUCAAGAGACAUUCAUCUCUUGCAGAUUUGUAGCGGAGUUGAUGAGAAUGCUGUGGGAGCCUGUGCUGAGCUUGUUUUUGCCCCAAUUGAUGAAAUGUUUCCAGAUGAUGCACCACUGCUACCGUCUGGCUUCCGCAUCAUCCCACUAGAUUCAAAAUCAGGUGAUGCCCAGGAUACAAUGACUACGCAUCGCACUCUUGAUCUCACUUCCAGUCUUGAAGUGGGCCCUGCGACCAACCCAUCUUCAGGAGAUGGUUUACCAUCUCAGGACAUGCGAUCUGUGCUGACAAUUGCUUUCCAGUUCCCUUUUGAGAGUGGUCUACAGGAAAAUGUUGCCACAAUGGCACGCCAAUAUGUCAGAAGCGUGAUUUCCUCUGUCCAGAGGGUUGCUGUGGCCAUAUCUCCAUCAGGAUCAAGCCCUGCCAUGGGACCAAAGUUAUCUGCAGGUUCACCAGAAGCUCUUACUUUAGCUCAAUGGAUCUGCCAGAGCUACAGUUACUAUUUAGGGGCAGAGUUACUGAGGCCUGAUUCGCCGAUUGGUGACUCGGUGUUGAAACAUCUUUGGCAUCAUCAGGAUGCUAUUUUGUGUUGUUCAUUGAAGUCGCUACCAGUUUUCAUCUUUGCCAACCAAGCAGGGCUUGACAUGCUAGAGACUACACUGGUGGCUCUUCAAGAUAUCACACUAGAUAAGAUAUUCGAUGAGCCUGGCCGCAAAUCAUUAUGUGCUGACUUUGCGAAGUUGAUGCAACAGGGAUUCACUUACUUGCCUUCUGGAAUAUGCAUGUCAACAAUGGGGCGCCAUGUUUCAUAUGAACAAGCGAUUGGAUGGAAGGUCCUUGCUGCAGAAGAGAAUAAUGUCCAUUGUCUUGCCUUCUCUUUUGUAAAUUGGUCUUUUGUGUGAAUUUCUAAUUUAUUCAUCCAAUGCCUAGGGGAUCUGGUUGAAAAUGGAGACAAUAGUGGGGAAGAGAGAAAUUUUGAAAGAAAAAUCAGUUUUUUUGGAGUAUUUAAAUACUUGCAGCAGGAUCAGGUUUGAAUUUUCAAUUAUAUUAAUUUAAUUAAUUCUGUCUAGUGCGCCCACUGUUUUUCCCUUCGCUGUGUAAAUAUGUCAUUAAUUUAAGGUCUCAAAUUUCUGCCCACCAUUUUAGUGGAAAUAUUGAACAUUUAUGCGUUAUUUCUAAAAGCAUGCGAGUUCUUCUA